AUGGAUAACUUCGAAGGUAUGCACUGCGUACUUGUCUGCACCUGGAAGGGGGUAGGAGAUGCAUUUAGAUUUUCUGCACUUUCUGCUACAUGCGAAUCCAAGCACUGUGAGCAGUUUUUAAUGAGUAAAUGACGAAUUUUAAAUAAUUUUCGUUUAAAAGAUUGCGGAGAAGCGUUCAGAUUGAGGAAAAUGAAACCCCUAGUCGAGUUGUGUGUUUAUGCUAUGAUAUAUGGGAAACGCGCCCUCGAGUGUGGUAGACUUUGUGGAAUCAGCUAUGCAUUUGUGCCAAGCGGCUGCACAGUGCGCCAGACUGUUUACUAAUCUUCCUAAACAAAGUAACGCCAAUGAAUGAAUUGGCUGCGUACAUUGGCCCUAUCCCAAUCAUUUUUCUGUGUGGAAAGCAUGAGAUGAGUCCCAAACGGCCUCACUUAGCAUAAUUCCCCCCCCCCACUCCCCGACAUCAGUUUCUAACAGGCUGUCCGAAUGUACUGACUUUGCGACUGCGAUAAACAUGUUUUCCUUUUAAUCCGGUUGAGAUAGAUAGUUUUCAAUGGGUGGCGUCUUAUUGAAGACAGCACGAUGGCGAACAGACGGCAUACACCCCACACGCUCCCUGUCGCGCGCCAUACUGACUGGCACACGAUCUCAGUGGACUACGUUCAGGCUACUCAUAGUUUCCCGUACAGAGUAUGGAACAUAAUGUGCGUCGGCGCACGAUUGAGUUAACUGCUGGCAUCAGCUUCAGGCAUACGCCAAGCUGGAGCCUAAUAAACGACAAUAUAGACUGGCGGGGUGAAUGUAGACACUCACCAAUGACUGCCAGAGUACAGUGUCGGACGGACUGGCUCACGGUCUGUUCGGUUACUUACUUGUACCUGGUAGAACUGCGAUCAUGCUUAAUCUAGCCAGCCUCGAUGAUGCCCCAAACUGUACCUCUCAACGCCUGACGUUUAGUGGCUGCAGAUCUGGAUCGUUCAACUCCUACUCUUCGCCAACUACGGAGACCGAAUUCCCAAGGUCCAAGCAUCACUUCCAUGUCUUGACAGACUGCGUCGAACCAGGUUUUGAUUUGACCCCCUCUUCGACUUCUCUGAUGGGGUAACGGUGGCGGAUCGAGGGUAGUAACACUGAACUCUUAAGGUAGACGACGAAGAGCCCGUCCAAAGUACCUCAGUCGUCUUUCUGGUAUAAGAGCAUAACCUAUGCAAGGAGGCAAGCGUUGUUAUUUCAGAGAAAUGUUUGAGUAUAUUACAAAACGUGGUAAGCUUUCUCAAUUAUUUUCAGGUGGACAAAGUCGUGUUGGAGAUGUUAUCGUGAUAAUUCAUCUGGGCUAUACGAACUUCACGAACUCCGAUGCGAAUUCAGGGGGUGAGCAUUUGGACUUGGCGUCGUAGUGAAUUUAUCUGAUUUUAAAAGUUCGGGGGAUAUUGCAAAUUAUGACAGGCAAGGCUUCGCAAAUUAAAUAGACUUUGCUUUAGUUUUUUAUAAUUCUGAUUCGGUUAUGCGAGCUGUUUCCAGUCCGGUUUACGGUACAUAAAUACCUAACCUCGGGUUUACGGAUGGUACUCUGGAGAUGAUUAUUUAUUCAUCUAACCUUCCAUUCUCGUACUUGUGCGCAUUAUCGGAGAUAGAUAAUAGAGAAAUGCAUGGUUUAAAUAAGUCUUUUCUCACCGCAGAUAGGGCCAUCAUUAUCUACCCUGACUACGUAAGUGGUGGCUGGCGGUCACGUAUGACACCGUUAGGCCGGCGUUUCGUUUUAUCGAGUUGGCGUCUGAUUGCCAGGCCUCAAUUAUUUCUCUCGCCAGUCAACUUUCCAUCGGCCGAGUCCUUGCACACUGUCAAAUUCAAACGAGUGGUCAUUUUCCAGACCGUGCGUGGCGACCGGUGAUCGCACGUUCCUUCGUUUAACGGCUAAAGCGUGUUCAUGCAUUCGCGUUAUCAGUCGUUUGUUGGUCAUGCCGCAGUAAUUGGCCCGACAGCCUAAAAAGUUAGCGCAGUAAAUGACGGCGGACGUAUCCUCAGGGUGGUAGCUUACCCUUUGGCUGCAUGAUUAGGCGGUGUGUUUGUGCGGGAAGAAGUGUCCUGGGGCAGCUGCCUUUAUACCUAGGGCCUACCUUACCUUCAUUUUCCAUCCGAAGACACGGGGUCAGCAUUUUCGCUCUUAACGUUAUAUAUCUGGAAUGAGAGAGAAUGCACGCCGUCCAGGCAAUUGGAGAGAAGAAGACGGGAAUGCAAUCGCUGGGACCAAUUGUUUAUUUAUCCGACGUUUCGAACUCGAACGCGAGCCCAUCGUCAAGGAAUGAAAAACUGUACAACACAUCGCGUUUUUAGUUUACAUCAGUCGGGGAUGACCUCCAGCUGCGAUGCUGAUUUGUUCACGCAGUGCUUGAUAAACGAUUAGCCGAUCGAUAUGUCGAUUGAUCGAGUUCUCAGUUGAGUGCGACGCUUCCUGCAGCAGGCGCGCAACUCCGUCGUCUGACUGGCCCAAAAUUCUCACGCACUCAAAGUCAAAGCCGUGUCCUGAUGAGGAGGAGUGGACGGCUACUAAGGAGAGUUUAACUUUCCGUCUUACAGUCAGCUCAAUCUCGUGAAAUAUCGUGCGAACCUGUUUGCCGGUUUCACCUAACAUAACUGACCAGGCCACAUUUGCAUUCUGUCCGGUAAAGGAUCCCCGAUUUUUGACUUAUGGGAAGCUUAUAUAUCAUCAGAGACUGAAUGAUGUCUUCCCGUCCAUACAGAUUACUCGUAAAGAGGCAAUAGGGGACAACCUUCCGUUUCUUGACGUGAGAAUAUGAAGGCUGAGCGGUGGUAGUUUCGCGACGAGCGUCCAUCGGAAAGGAUCUAAUUCUGAAAUUAUCCUCCACCACCCCGAGGCUCACAAAAGAAGCUACGUCCGAACUCUGUUACACCGGGCCUAUCGUUAUUGCAACAGUGACGAUCUUCUGAAGAAAGAGCUUGCGUACCUGUAUCGGUUGUUUCGAUCUAACGGAUACCCGAAAAGUUUUGUAAAGAACGGCCUCAGACACCAGGCACAAUCGCAAGAUUCCACACUCAAAGGUUAGAUAACCGACUGCCUACGGUAAAUGAAACCCUUUGAAUUCCUGGCUUAAAAUAGUCCAGUGGGGAUGGAAGAUAGAUAGUACCUGCAAAGCCAUGAACAUCUAAGUCCGAUGCCUCCGUUGCCGAAGAACCACACCAGUGCAGAGGCACCGAGGAUGCAGACGUGGACUCCACCUCAGGGACUACGUUCUUCUCCACCCCUGCGUUUUCUUAGUCAGGACUACUAAGCCGGGGGAGGAUGACUACCUGUCGUUGAACUUACCAGUAAUUACCUAUCGGUGAUGACGAAUUCAGUGAUGGCGGGGGGGCUUUCGUUGCAUCACCGUUGUUGCCUUCGCUGGCUCCAAAAAAUAAAAUAAUAGGCAAGAAGAAUUCCGCGCAGGUGGCAGAAUGCUCUGGCUUUUUGCAGACACCCUCGGUCAUGCUGCGACUCAUUCUUGAGCACCAUUCUGAAAACGCUCUUCAAAACAUUGCCCAAGCAAUGGCCAGUCUCAACAUGAGGCAAGCUGACCCACUCUCACUGUGAUCACUGUGACCAGAGAAAUCAAAGGACUCUGUGGUUCAGUUCAUCGACUAUAGUGCUCUUCAGAACGCCUGUGCAAACAGCCUCACACUCCGCUAUCGGUCAGCAUUCAUUAGUACCAUGUGAGAAGCUUUGUGUGGAAAAAUUGUCACGACAUCUGGACGUCUCUAUUGGAGACAACUAGCCUCCUCUCAGGUUGCUGUGAUAAACAGUUGACUUCUCAACUUCUGUACACUGACUGAGUCCGCCAUACAACGGUAAAACUGGUGUAUCCCUGUGUAUAUCCAGCAUGCAACCACGUUUAAUCUCUCAGCCAUUUACCAAGACUGUAGGGCCCAAUUACAGUAGACCAGAGAUGUGACAACUGAAAUUGAUCUGCAUAGAAUACUAGGCAUGUGCAUACAACCAGCUUCAACAUUCAUAUUUUAAAUAUAGUAUAUCCAAGUCUAUACACGAAAACUUAUCGACACCUGGUUCUCUACAACCAAAAACGGACCGCCAACCGGUUACGUGUCCCUGCACUGGAUUGUCGCCUGCGAAUACCGAUACCAUACACACGCGAUCAAUUCGUGAGAUAACAUAUCUACUGCACAUUCACACUCGGAAACCACGUGCUAAUUAGAAUCUAGGCGAAACACCCACUUGAAUCUCUUCCAUUCCCGACUUAAAUGAGUCGGAUGGAAAGGGAUGAGAAAGAAUAACUGCAGAGCCUAGAAAUGCGAAGACAGUCAUUGUUGCAAAUACAUUUAUGGUUGCCCAGACUCCUACCUCUGUACGGCAGGAUCGGUAAGUCCAAUAAUUACUCAUCCUCUGUCCCACUAGUCGCACUGAUAGGGGUACAGUAGAGACAACAGAAAUCACAGAAUCUCACACAAAGACGUCAUAGAACGGCCUACACGUAUUCGCUGCCUACAGUAUUACCUGGCACGCCAACAGAGGAAGACGUGUGGUUUAAUAACCAUGCUACGGCAGUUAGUGGACGUUUGAAAUAUAUGCAAACAUGGGCUUUCUGUGAGGUAUUGGUACUCAAUCGACAUACCUGGUCAUUUGCAGUAUGGACCAGGGUAUGUGGAGGGAAGCGCUGAGGUGCGGGCUCGACCGUGCCAUUCAUACACGCCCUAACUGACUCCGUUCAUUUUGACUCUGACGUGACACCGAGUCAAGGUGUGGAGUAGGAAUAGAGAAUGCGAGGGAUGCUGUGCAAGUCCAUUUUCAUGCACAAGUCAUCGUCUCUGCUCUCAUCCUGUUGUGGGGCACACGGUGGACACAGUCCAGAUCGACAGUCGGUAUGCAUUGUCAUGUAUCUUACUGUCUGACAUGAAUAUGCUAGUAGUACCUGCUUAUGCCUGCCACAACUGCCGUUGUAGGAAAGAAGAAUGAAGUUUUGUUGGAGGCCGGCGAAGCUGAUUCACCUUAUGCAGCCAUCCUGGAGGAUGUGGCUGGAAUUAACUUCAGGGCCUUGGUGGACCAAUGGAAUAAAAAUGGACUCAUGGGUGAGUAUUGUUUCCAUCCGUUUAUACUGACUGUAAUUGAGAGAUAACCUGUGAUUUAAUGGGCACAGAUUGAAGCAUCUGCAGGAUGGUCUUAAAAUAGACACACCGCCUCAGGAGGUGGUGAGUUAGAGUGUCCUAAUUCGAGAGGAAUCUGGAUAAUUUUCCCUUGAGACUUUUGUAAUUUACAUUCAGGGGCCUUUAAGUACUGUUUCAAAAAUAAUUGCCAAUGUGUUUACUUCGAUUUACUCAAGAGCUAAGGACUGACGCAUGCAACAACAGCGUAAACAAACUUGGCAUGUCCUUUUGUCAUUCAACCGCAAUCCAGUUAACCAGCUCUGCAUGACUAGAAUCACUGGGUGGUGGGAAUCUUGUAGGAAUGGAAUUUUAACAUCACUGAGGGAAGAGAUCACACAUGCGGGACAAUGUUUUGCAUUUAGAAACUGAUAUUGACGCCGUCUCAAAUAGAGUCCCCACAGGCCUCGGGACCACGCCCACACCCAACUCAUCCAUGUCCUUUUCCUUGUCCGACUCCUCGAGGACGGAAGCGGAAACAUCGGAUAUACAAACGGCUGCAGGUAUCCUUUCUCAUCCCUUCUCACUUGACUCAUUUUCAUCAGGAAUUCAAAAUAUCACGGUGGGUGUUCUGAGUAGAUUCUAAUUCCUUCUCGAGUUAUCAAGUUGUCGGCACCAAAGUCGACUUAAAUGAUGACAAAAGCUAAAUAAUGUCCCAAGGGGCUGCCAAUUCUACUUUUAGCCAGGCGAAGCAUUCCAUCGAAUAGAAUUGUAAGAUACCUAACUGUAAUAUUUUGGCCAUGACCUAUGAAGGACACUAGGCCAUACCUACUCAAAAAGCACGAGAUGUGUCCCGAUUUGGUCUUGAUUGGAUGACAGACAUGAAAAUGUGCUCUUUGAUAAUUGAAAAAGACAUGAUCGAAUCACCGUGUGAUCACCUUAGCCUCCAGUAUUGUUCUGACGUAGUAUAUGCACGGAUGAUUUCAUGGCCUCUGUUGAUACUGUGUAGCCUAAUUGGAACUUGGGUUACAUCUUCUCCAUUAGUAGGUGCUUUUGAAUAUUAUAAUUAUUCGGCUAAUCAUCUACUGGUAAAAGCAUCGGAUGCCUCGAUCGGAGUCUAGUUGCUCAUUUGGUUAGGUCGUACUGAUGCCUUGUUCAUGCUUUAGCGGAUGUGAAUCCCACAGAGAUGCCGAUUCUUUCACCAAGAGUGAUCACUGUGGGAGGUGGGGUGGGGUGUUGGGGGUGGGAGAUAGAUCACACAUAUUGGACAGUGAUUUGCAAUUAGAGAUUGACAUUGAGGCUGCUCCAAUUUCAGUUGACACACGCAUCUGUUCUACACCCACCCCGACGUCUUCUGUGUCUAUUUCCGCGGAUGUGGAUCCCACAGAGAUGCCGAUUCUUUCACCAAGAGUAAUCACUAGGCGGGGGUGAGGUGGGGUGUUGGGGUGGGGGGGAUUGAUCACACAUGCUGGACGGUGUUUUGCAAUUAGAGAUUGACAUUGAUGCUGCUCCAAUUUCAGUUUACACACGCCUCUGUUCCACACCCACCCCAACGUCUUCUGUGUCUAUUUCCGUGGAUGAGGCCUCGACGACGGAUUCAGAAACCUCCGAGAUUCACAGCGCUGCAGGUAUUCUUUCCCAUCCCGUCUCAUCUGACUCAUUUUUAUUGGGUAUUCAGGGGAUUCAAGUGGGUAAUUUGGGUGGAUUGUAAUUAGCACGUGAGUUUCGACUCUGAAUAUAGAGUGGGAUGUGCUAUCUCAUGAAAUACCUGCCAAUCUUCUGAAAUAAUCUGCGCAAUGCAAGGAAGCCGAAGAGGACGCUAUACGCCGUGAUAUCUACAAGUCUUUUAUUGACACUCUGGCGCCCUGUCUAUGUGAUGUGUUUGAACGCGAGUGGAGAAAUGAGGUUGCUCCUUAUGACUGGGACUCAGGCAUGCUUAUGCCUAUCCUCAAGAAGGGAACGAAGGCAGGAUGCGAGAACUACCGCAGCAUAAGCCUCAUCGAUGUUGCUGCGAGGCUCCUCGUUAUUGUCCUUCUUAUGCGACUGAAGGCUGUGCGUGGCUCCAGCAGAAUGUCCAAGCAAGCCGGAUUUUGUGCUGGACGUGGAUGCGCAGACCAUAUAUUAACACUGAGGUGCGUUCCCGGAUUUCACUAUAACUACCAGCAGCCGAGGGUUGUCUGAUUUGCUGACUGUCACCGCGUUUGCUUCCGUCCAUCAUGCGUCCCUGUGGUGGAGAAUGGUAAUAGGUGGUGUACCGCCAAAUAUCAUCGGCAUGAUCAAAGCCUUUUAUCCCUCAAGUAAUACGCAUAUUCUGGCUCCACGAGGGCGACGAUGUUGAGUUGACACCCGGACACGGGAUUAGAAAACUUUUUUUUAAAGCUUACUUAUACCCCUUUUUAGAGUUUAAAAUAUAACGACGAUGUGAUUGUCUAUCACCUGACUGAAAGAUAGCAUAUUUUUGCUCGUGGUUUUUAUAAAGUAUAUUGGAUUUUGCAUGAUCGUCGAAAAUCAAUGGGAAAAGUGCAUGCUCCUUAAGCAAUCAUUUCUUGCCAAGUUCGGGUACUACAGAAAACUAAAAAAAAACAGUGUAUUCAAAAGCUGACAUCCCGCCAAGUCCGAAAUAUCAUUGGAUUAUGCCGCGAGAUAAUGAGUAUUACAAAAGCGGCUAAGUAAUCCUUCUCAAUCAAAAACACAUUUCAGAAUUUCGGCCAACAUUUCAUUAGAUCGGUCACGCAAUCUACAGCCCCAUCGCCACUGAUAUUCGCGCAAACCGCGCAUGUAUCCAGCCUGUCCUUCUGGUUCUUUCUUAAGCGAAUGCGAAUAUCACAGCAGCUAUAGUGUAUUUCAGAAAUUGAUAAUUUCUAGUGAGUGAAGGAUAGACCACACAUGCUGGCCCGUGUUUUGCAUAUAGAGUCUGACAUUGAGGCUUUUCCAAUUUCGUUUCCCACAGGUCUCCGUACUACACCUAACCCAACGCCUACCAUGUCUAUUUCCCUGGGUGAGGCCUCUAACACGGAAACAGGAGCAUCAGCUAUUCGUACAUCUGCAGGUAUUCUUCCUCUUUGCUUCCCAUCUGACGCAUUUAAGUCGGGAAUGGAAGAGACUCAAGUGGGUGUUUUGUGUAGAAUCUAAGUAGCACAUGGUUUCCGAGUCUGAAAGCGCAGUUCAUUUGUUAUCUAACGAAUUACUUGCUUGUGUAUGGUAUCGGUGUUCGCGGGCGACUCACGUAACCGGUAGGCAGUCCGUUUUUUGUUGUAGAGAGCCAGGUGUCGAUAAGUUUUGGCGUAUGGACCUGGAGAUACUAUUUUUUAAAUAUGAAUGCGGCAGGUGGUUGUGUGCACAUGCCGAAGUUUCCAGGCAUACCAAGUGCAGUUGUCACAUCACUGUUCUACUGUAACUAGGCCCUACAUUGUUGACAAAUGGUAGAGAGAUUGGACGCGGUUGCAUGCUGGAUAUACACAGGGAUGCACCAGUUUUACCGUUGUAUGUCGGACUUAGUCGGCGUACGGAAGUUGAGAAGUCAACUGUUUGUCACUGCAACCUGAGAGGAGGCUAGUUGUCUCCAGUAGAGACGUCCAGAUGUCGUGACAAUUUUUCCACACAAAGCUUCUUACAUGGUACUAAUGAAUGCUGACCGAUAGCGGAGUGUGAGGCUGUUUGCACAGGCGUUCUGAAUAGGACAAUAGUCGACGAAAGGGACCACACAGUCCUUUGAUUUCUCCGGUCACAGUGAGCACAGUGAGAGCGGGGCCGACUUGCCUCAUGUUGAGACUGGCCAUUGCUUGGACAAUGUUUUGAAGAGGAUUUUCAAAAUUGUGUUCAAGAAUGAGUCGCAGCAUGAUUGAGGGUGUCUGCAAAAAGCCAGAGCAAUCUGCCACCUGUGCGGAAUGCGUCUGGCCUAUUAUUUUGCUUUUUUGUAGCCAGCGAAUGCAACAACGGUGAUGCAACGAAAGCCCUCCCUCGCCAUCACUGAAUUCGUCAUCACCGAUAGGCAAUUGCUGGUAAGUUCAGCGACAGGUAGUCAUCCCCGACUCGUUAAGUAGUCCUCUCAAUGAAAACGCAGGGGUGGAGAAGAAGGCGGUCCUUGAGGUGGACUCCACGUGUACAUCCUCGGUGCCUUUGCACUGGUGUGGUUCUUCGGCAACGGAGGCGUCGCACAUAGAUGUUCAUGGCUUUGCAGGUACUAUCUAUCUUCCAUCCCCACUGGACUCUUUUAAGAUAGUAAUUCAAAGGGUUUCGUUUACUGUAGGCAGUCGGUUAUCUAACGCCUAAGGCCGAGUUUGAGUGAUAAUACUAGCUAAAUUAAUGCUCCAGUGAGUGAGAUGUGGUUAUGUGACCCCACCUGGUGGACGCAAUACUGUUGGUGUUGGGGCUAGGGGUUAGGGUUGGGCGUUAUUGAUUAGGGGCCCUAACGUCGAAGGUGCGUACCCCGUCCUCACCUGUAAAAACCCCUAUUACUACCGGUCCCACAUUACAGGUGGCUGGGGUUUGUUUACUUCUGUUGGAGCAACGUAACCACAUCGGACCCUCCAGUGGGUGGAAUACACAAAACUAACUGCUCAUGUCGACCAGAUGCACCAGCUGCAAUAGCGCGCUUCCACGCUCAAGGUGUGGUUUAUUGCAUCUGCGCCUGCUGGAGAUUCCAGCUAAUUUUGCUGUAUCCGAGUACAUGAAUUUAGGUUAACAUCGUUUGAGGCACGCUUUAACCGGAUAUUUAUCUUUGUCGUCCUAGAUUCCACAUCUGAAUAUCCUGUUGUUGGUCUCAAUUUUAACGUACUAUUUGAAAUAUAUUUCAGGGACUUCAAAUUGUAACACUGCGGACCGCCCUUCUGGUGCCGUCAUUCCACAAACCCUUGGAAGACCUUCGUCGAGAAAUCGAGGUAGGGGUUUGCGUCAACGUGUUCGGGAACUGUUCCUUUGUUGCUGGGGUCGUACCUCAAAAGAACAUGCUUUGUUGUGCUUGUAUUUAUUUGUGAUGUCCCAUUCAGCCCACAGUUUUACAGAUGUAUCCUUUUAAUUAGUCAAUAUUUUCCAAUAAAGUAUUUUUUACUCAAUCAGAUUUUCGUAUUUGAGGUAUGCUUGGGCAUGCCGUUGAAGUAUUCAGACGUCUUUUGAUAGCCGCCACAACCAGUGCGUGCCGUGUGCUAAAACUCCAUUCUGAGACUUCUGGAAACGAUCGAUCUUGCGCUAGCCAAUCAGCUGCCCUAUAAAUGAUAUCAGACGCUUAUGAGAGGCUGAAUAUUCGCCAUCCACGGAUGGAGUCAAUAAUGUGAACAUUUUGAGACAUGCAGUCGGUCAGGGCUCGGCAGAUUAGUAGCAGCCGUUAGCUCAGCAUCUCAUUCUUGCCUGUAGGUGGACGAUAUUUCAACGUAGACUGGGAGGACGUUGAGCAGGGAGUACAGUGAGCGAUCUCAUGAAAUGUUGGCUGAAAUUCUGAAAUACGUUUUCGAUUAGGAAGGAUGACCUAAGCGCUGUCGCAAAACGGAUUCUCUUGGGGCAUCAUUCUAUAAUAUAUCGGACUAGGCAGGACGUCAGCUUUUGAAUGCACUGCUUUUAAAUCUCCCGUUGAAUCGGUAUUCGGUAAGAAAUGACUAUUAAAUUAGCUAAUUUUCGAUGGGUUUGCAAAUUCAAAUAUAUUAUAUAGAAACCACGAACAAAAAUAUGCUUUCUUUCAGUCGCUUGAUAGAGAAUCACGUCCUCCUUAUAUUUUAUGCCCGAAGAAAUGGCAUAAGUAGGUUUUGAAAAAGUUUCUUAUUAUGAGAUUUUUCAAGACCGUGCAAUAUCCGUUCAAUUUGCAUCGUAUCUGCCUGUUUACCGCUGCCUCUAAUGAAAUGUACAACAUGGUCCGCAUCCAUUGCAAAAUUUUAUGGAUUAUAUAUGGUGUCUUUUUAAAGGCAUAGAAGAAUAUGCGAUUUUCUUUACGGAGAACACACGCACCUUGUAGACUGAAAUCACUAAGCGCUAAUGCGACGGCCGAUCAGGCUCCAAAUUAUUCGGGUAUUGGAAAACAUUUUGAAAGCCUAAUUAUACUCCUUUUUCGAGUGUAAAAUACAAAGACGAUGUAAUUCUCUAUCUAUUGACUGAAAGAAAGCAUAUUUUUGUUCCGUGUUUCUAUAAAGUAUGUUUCAAUUUUCAAGUCCAUCGAAAAUCUUUGUAAAAAAUGCACGCUAAUUAAGUGGUAAUUUUUCCAGAGUAGGGUUUAUCAAGGAGAUUAAAAUGUGGCGCAUUCAAAAGCCGACAUCCUGCUGAUUCCGAAAUAUUUUAGGACUAUAUCCCAUGAUAAUGAGUGUUUCAACCCCACCUAAGUAAACAUUCUUAAUCGAAAACAUACUUCAGAAUUUCAGCCAACAGUUCAUGAGAUCGGCCGCUCAUUGUACAGUAGAUGUGCUAACUGAGGAAAUGUCAACCAAAAUUUCGAAGUGCGUUCUCGUUUCGAAAAGAUAAAUUAAGUAAUGUUGUAAAACUAAUCAUGAUGCAGCAUAAAUCUAUAAUGAUCCAGUUACCGCAGGGUGUCGGCUUUCGAAAGAACUUAUUUUCGGCUGCAUGCAAGAUCUAUACUCUGCAAAAAAUGACUACUUAUGUAGCAUGAAUUUUCCUCAUUGAUUUUUGAUGUCCCUAAAAAUUCAAUUAUAUUUCAUGGAAAACGCACAAAAAUAUUCAUUCUUUUGCCCCUUCGGUAGGUAAUUGCGUCUUUUUUAAUUUUAUACUCGAAGGAGUGGCAUAAUUCAGUUUUAAAAAAGUUUCUAAUUGUGGGACUUUUAAAUAACGUGAAAUGGCCGUUCAUGAAACGUCAUGUAUCUGCAUUUACGAAUGUGGCUUGUAAAGUUAACAAUAUUGCUCAAAUCCACUGCUUAAUUUUAUGAACCACAUAUAGUCUCCUCUUAACGCCGUAGAGAAAUGCAGCAAUAUUGUUAACUUUACAAGCCACAUUCGUAAAUGCAGAUACAUGACGUCUCAUGAACGGCCAUUUAACGGUAUUAAAAAAUCUCACAAUUAGAAACUUUUUUAAGACCGAAUUAUACUCUUCUUUUAAGUAUGAAAUUGGAAGAAGACGUGAUUUUCUACCGAAUAAGUAAAAGAAUGAAUAUUUUUAUGCAUGUUUUCCAUGAAAUUUAAUUGAAUUUUCAAGGCAUCGAAAAUCAAUGAAAAAAUUGCAUACUACAUAAGUAGUCAUUUUUGCAGAGUAUAGAUCUUGUAUGCAGCCAGAAAUAAGUUCUUUCGAAAGCCGACACCCUGAAGUAACUGGAUCAUUAUAGAUUUAUGCUGCAUCAUGAUUAGUUUUACAACACUACUUGAUUUAUCUUUUCGAAACGAGAACGCAUUUCGAAAUUUUGGUUGACAUUUCAUGAGUUAGCACAUCUACUGUACGUGUAGGGCACGGGGGUUUGUGAUAAAGGGAUGAGCGUUUAUGGACGCAAGUUCAACAGGUUCGGCAUCAAAAUUUUCCCCCUACUAUGACCGAGCGACUUAAAAUCAGGCCACUAUGUCCGAAGCAGUCGAGUCGUCUGAGUUUAUUCCAUACGUAGGAGACAGAUUAUGCAUUUUCGAUCAGUACUCACUAAUUAAACCCCGCGAUGGAGCAAGGAACGCCACAAGCGUAGGCGAGAUGACGUUGGAGGAGUGUCGUGCCACUGGGAAGCAGUGAUGCGCUUUAUUUAAUUCUCGAUGACCAGUUGAAGAAAUACACUGUAAAAAUUAGUUUCAAAUUAAAUCUACCUUAGAAAGCCAGAAUCUUGUCCAAUCGAUGUAGGACUGCUGCAUUGCAUCAAAAUGGUCUUUUGGCAAAAAGUGCCGUCUAGUCUUACAGAAACGGAACUCUCUGAGACCAUAGAAAGGUGGCUGGAGAAUGGAGAAUAGAGGAAUUGCAUUGUCCAUUUUUAAAAAAAACAUUCUCCAUUUUCGGUUCUAGCAACCGCUGAGUAUUUUAAUCUUCCGAGUUUUUUGUACUCGAUUUCAUGCUGCACCAGACCUAGAAAUCUAUUUCAGUCCGGAAACUGAUACACAGAAUAAACGUCAAUCUAGGAUGCCCUGUCCACUUUUGUUGGGUGCUUUUCUGGCUAAACUUCCGUGCAGAUUAUUGGUUAUCGAAAAUUCGUACGAGCCCGUAUUUGAGCGUCUUUUGUGGUCACCUAGAUUUUAUUAAAUUUCUGGCACCAAAAUGUGUGGAGCGUUUAGGCGGCUGGCAUUUGAGCUAAAAACAAUGUUCAAUUUCCGUACCCCUUGCCUAUGAAAGAACCCUUUGAACAAUCAUUCACACCAAUGCAGGCACUCAGUACUAAUUUUUAUCUGUCCAAGUGUGGUAGACCAAUUGUCCGACCAAGAUCUCUGAACAAUCCAAUUUGACAGGCUCACAAAUUAAUUUACUCGAUACGUCAUUUAAUGACUGGUACAGGAUCCUCUUGAACAUACCCCCCACACCAGAUAUUUAUACCUAUGUGAAAAAAGGAAGAGGUUCUUCGGAAAAAUCGAGUUGUACUCGUGAAUUUUCGAUCUGGUGGCACCAACCCGUCGUCUGCCGAAAAAAAGACAAGGGAGAAAGUUGGUUUAUCACACUAGACUAGUUAGCUCCACAGGACAGACAGACUAUUGGCCUAUGAGAGGGAUGGUCACAGAGUCAUAGUAUGUCUCUGUGCGAGGGGGGAGGCGGAACAGUUACGGGUGCCUGUGCUGGAGGGGGAGGGUGGAUGGUGGAUCAAUUGGACGCUGGGUGGCUAGAUUAGCGGCCGUUGAUGUGGCAUUAGGGCAGGGAGCAUUAAGUCGUGAGCGUAGGCCCUCGUAAUGGGCGUCCAGGUCAACAUGGCGGUUGAUACUACCAACAUUGGAGUACCAAGCAUCGGAAAAUUCUCUAGCCCGUUUUGUGUUAGCCAUGGCGACGACCUCAGUGCCACCCUAAUUGAAACGGUGGUCGCACUCGAGUGCGUGAGAAAUGACGAGGGUGUUGCGACCAAGUGUGUGUAUUUUAGCUAAUUUAAACAACAGAAACGCUCAGGUUUACAAGAAAGUUUAGAGUGAAAAAUCGAAAAUGUGCGUAAACCUACACAACUCCCCCACCAGAGCAUUUGUUGUACAAAAGCGAUCGAUAAAAAUGCAAAAGUUACGCCAAAAAGUCUUUGAGUUUAACAGGAAAAUGAAUGUCUACCAGAACGAGAUGAGGUGCGUGGUGCAGUGGUAGGAGAAUCAGGAUGGGUGGGUGGGGUGGUCGAGUGUGGUGGUUGAGUGGAGGGAACCGAAACGGGUGCAUCGUGUGAGGACGGUGCAGAGGAAGUUGGUGGCACAACUGACCGCAGGAUGCACUCAAAAUAGGCUGGCUUAAGUCUGUCAGUGGAGACUGCGUCGGCAUAUCGAUUUGCCAGUCGUUUAUCAAGCACUGGAUGAACAAAUCGGCAGCGCAGCUGCAGGUCAUCCCCCACAGAGGUGAACUAAAAAUACGAUAAGUUGUACAGUUUUUCAUCCCUUGACGAUGGGCUCGCGUGAGAGUUCGAAACGUCGGAUAAAUAAACAAUUGGUCCCAGCGAUCGCCUUCCCGCCUUCUUCCCUUCAAUUGCCUGGACGGCGUGCAUUCUCUCUCAUUCCGGAUAUAUAAGGUUAAGAGCGAAAAUGCUGACCCCGUGUCUUCAGAUGGAAAAUGAAAGUAAGGCGAGCUCUGGGUAUAAAGGCAGUUCUCCCAGGACACUGUGUUUCGCACAAACACGCACUGCAGCAGAGAGGCCGAGAAGCUACAAGAGCGUGCAUCCCUUGCGCUUCUCUUCCUCGUCAAUGGAUACUAAGGCAGCUUCGACAAGAAAUGCUUGUUCCAAAGGCACACAAAAGCCGACGGUGAGCAAAACCAAAAACCUGAAGUAGUUUGUUUCUUGGUUUGCGUGAGGAACGUCUCCAGGGCAAGUGAACGUGUGUUGAAACCACCCAACGUGGGUGUUGGACACCGGCCGGAGGCCAGUAUCCGCCGCCUAGUCAUGCAGCCGAAGGAAGGCUACCAUCCUGAGGAAACGUCGGGCGUCAUGUACCGCGCUAACCGUCUAGGCUGUAGGAACAAUUACUACGGCAUGACCAACAAACGGCUGAUAACGCGAAUGCAUGAACACGCUCUAGCCGUAAAACAAAAAAACGUGUAAUCACCGGUGGUUAGGCACGGUCUGGAAUAUGACCACUCGCUUGAAUUUAACAGUGUACAAUUGCUCGGUCGAUGGAAAGCGGAGUGGCAAGUGAAAUAAUUUAGGCCUGGCAAUCAGACGCCAACUCGAUAAAACGAAACGCCGACCUAACGGUGUCAUACGUGAUCGCCAGCCACCACUUACGUAUUCAGGAUAGAGAAUGAUGGCCCUAUUUGGGGUGAGUAAGGACUUAUUAAAACCAUGCAUUUCUCUAUUAUCUACCCCCAUAAUGCGUUCACGUACGGGGAUGGAACGGUAGAUGAAUAAAUAAUCAUCUCCAGAAUACCAUCCUUAGUCCUGAGUAUAGGUAUUUAUCUACCGUAAAUCGGAUUGGAAACAACACACAUAACCACAUUUGCAUAUUACGAAGACACAGCAAAGUUUAUUUCAUUUAAGAAGUCUUGCUUGUUACACUUUGCGCGUGUCCUAUCCGAGUCAAGCCGAGUAGAGACGUGGAUGGCGUGACUCGAAGUCACUGCCAUGUAAGGAGACUCGAGUUGCACUUAAAGUCCCCUUUAAAAAGAACCGAACGCCAAGUAAACUUAGUUUCAAGGCAGUACCAAUUUAUUCAGCCAUCUGGCAUCCUUCUUAGCCACGACUGUCAUCAGGUAAUUACACUUGCAAGAGCGACAGAAUUAUUACAGUCUUCACUUAGCAUUGUGGCUUAUAAAUUUAACAAUACGGAUAAAAUCCACUGCUAAAUGUUAUGAACCCUACAUGGUCUCCCCCUUUAGUACCGUAGAGAAAUGUGUGGUUUUCCUUAUGCGGAAAAUAUUCGGCUUGUAGUUUGGAAACCCUGAAUCCACGUGCAACGGUACAGCGGGUUCAAAAGUAUUCUGGAAUAAGAAAAGAUUUUGAAAACCCAAUUAAAUACUUACUUCGAAUAUAAGAUUAGAAGAAGACGUAAUGAUCUACCGAAUGAGCAAAAGAAUGAAUAUUUUUAUGCAUGUUUUUCAGGAAAUAUAAGUGGACUUAUAGGGGCAUCAAAAAUUAAGUUGUAGAAUGCAUUCUAAUUAAGUAAGCACUUUGUACAGACUACAGAUUCUGUAUGCAGUCGGCAGGAAUUUCCUUCAAAAGCCGGAAUCCUGGUGCAACUUAAAUAUUAUAGAAUUAUUUUGCAGGCUGACUAGUUUUAUAAUCCCACUUAAUUAAUCUUUUCGAAACGAAAACGUUUUGCAUAAAUUCAGUUGACAUUUAGUGCGUUAGCCCACCUACUGUAUGCCUCCAUGGCACAGCUACUAACGCGUAUAAGUCAAUUACUGGAUGCAAGUUGCAUGCAUUAGACGAGGCUGAAAUUCUCGUAAGAUGUGAACCGGGAGCUGCUUUACUCAUGGUUUACUGCCGCCUAUAAACAAGUGCAAUGACCUUCGCCUUCCAUACCCACUGCUGAGACUUCGCCUUGGCAUAGUUAUUUGCCACGCGGGAACCGCACAGGUGAACCCUGUUCCCAACGUGGUUUCAAAUCCCACCGAGAUCGCCGAGAGUUCACACUUGUGUCAAAAUGAUAUAACCUUAAUUUUGAAGAAGGAGACACGAACGCUGGGAUAAGAGCUUUACUAGCCUGACGUUUCGGAUUCUUGCUCGUACCCAUCAUCAGAGACAAAGGCAGAUACGUGUGGUUCAUGCCCAAGUAAUUAGCCACGCGGGAAGCGCGCAGGUGAACCCUGUUCCAACACCACAACAUCAAACGCACGUGAUGAAAUUGCAACAAUUAAAGACGCUAAUAUCGGCCAUCAAAAUUGUCAGCAGACCAAGUUCAGCGAUAUCUGAUAAAGGGUGUGGGGAGCCGUAAAUAUUCAUGGGUAUGCGGUAGCAUGGCGACUGCAUCCUCUAAAUACUGCAGCCCCUUGUACAUGAAUCAUCCGUAUCCGCUUUUGCCUCCGAUAACGGGUUCGAGCAGGAAUCCGAAACGUCAGGCAAAUAAAGCUGUUGUCCCAACACAGCUCAUCUCUUCGGUUUCUCGCCACCUACAGCAGUGACGCACGCGUAGGCGAUCAACCACAAAGUCACCAUCUCAGGCAGUUGGCUUCAUCACAUGUCGCAUCCGCCUGCUCGAACUUUCAAAACCAGAGAAACUCACUGCAACACCAAGUCCAAGUGCUCACCCCCUGAAUUCGCAUCGGAAUUCGUGAAGUUCGUAUAGCCCUGAUGAAUUACCACGAUAACAUCUCCAACACGACUUUGUCCACCUGAGAGUAAUUGAGAAAGCGUACCAUGUAUUGUAAUGCACUCAAACAUUCCUCUGAAAUAAUAUCACUUGCUUCCUUGCAUACAGUUAGUGACCUUACUCAUGAACUGUGUCGAAAUUUUGCAAAUUAUUGCAAAUUAUCUUUUAAUAAGUAAUGCGGUUUCGUAUGUGACAGUUUGUCAACUGCCUACAUUCUGAGUGUAGAUUCCAAAACAGUCUUCCAGUGAUUCCUUUUAUUUGCUGGAAGUAAAUGAGAUGGGGUUUAACAGGAGAAGCUGAAUUUUGCUUGAUUUGACCGAUGGGGACGUCGUAGGAACGAAAGUUUGAUGAAUAAAUAAUAAUCUCCAGAGUACCAUCCGUAAACCCGAGGUUAGGUAUUUAUGUACCGUAAACCGGAUUGGAAACAGCACGCAUAACCGAAUCACAAUUAUAAAAAACUAAGGCAAAGUCUAUUUAAUUUUCGAAGCUUUGCCUGUCAUAAUUUGCAAUAUCCCCCGAACUUUUAAAAUCAGAUAAAUUUCCUACGACGCCAAGUCCAAAUGCUCACCCCCUGAAUUCGCAUCGGAGUUCGUGAAGUUCGUAUAGCUCAGAUGAAUUAUCACGAUAACAUCUCCAACACGACUUCGUCAACCUGAAAGUAACUGAGAAAGCUUACCACGUUUUGUAAUAUACUCAAACAUUUCUCUGAAAUAACAACACUUGCCUCCUUUCACAGGUUAUGCUAUCAUACCAGAAAGACGAUUGAGGUAGUUUGGACGGGUUCUUCGUCAUCUACCUUAAGAGUUCAGUGUUACCACCCUCGAUCCGCCCCCGUUACCCCAUCAGAGAAGUCGAAGAGGGAGUCAAAGCAAAACCUGGUUCGAAGCCGUCUGUCAAGACAUGGAAGUGGUUCUUGUAUCUUGAGACUUCGGUCUCCGUGGUUGGCGAAGAGUAUGAGUUUAACGAUCCAGAUCUGCAGCCACUAAACGUCAGGCGUUGAGAGGUACAGUUCGGGGCAUCAUCGAGGCUAGCUAGAUAUGGCAUGAUCGCAGUUCUACCAGGUACAAUUAAGUAACCGGACAGACCGUGAGCCCGUCCGUCCGACACUGCACUCUGGCAGUCAUCGGUGAGUGUCUACAUUCACCUCGGCCAGUCGAUAUUGUCGUUUAUCAGACUCCAGCUUGGCGUACGCCUGCAACUGAUGCGUUAAGUUAACCAGAUCGUGUGCCGACGCAUAUUGUAUACCAUAAUCUAUGCGGACAACUAUGAGUAGCCUGAACGUAGUCCACUGAGAUCGUGUUGCAGUCAAUAUGAUGCGCGACAAAGAGCGGGUGGGGUGUAAGCCGUCUGUUCGCGAUCGUGCUGUCAUCAAUAAGACGCCACCCAUUCAAAACUAUCUAUCUCAAACGGAUUAAAAGAAAAACAUAUUUAUCGCAGUCGCAAAGUUAGUACAUUUGGGCAGCCUGUUAGAAACUGAUGUCGGGGAGUGGGGGGGGAAAUUAUGCUAAGUGAGGCCGUUUGGGACUCAUCUCAUGCUUUCCACAAAUAAAAAUGAUUGGGAUAGGGCCAAAGUACGCAGCCAAUUCAUUCACUGGCGUUCCUUUGUUUAGAAAGAUUAGUAAACAGUCUGGCACACUGUGCAGCCGCUUGGCACAAAUGCAUAUCUGAUUCCACAAAGUCUACCACACUCGAGGGCGCGUUUCCCAUAUAUCAUAGCAUAAACACACAACUCGACUAGGGGAUUCAUUGUCCUCAAUUCGAACGCUGCUCCGCAAUCUUUUAGACGACAAUCAUUUAAAAUUCGUCAUUUACUCAUUAAGAACUGCUCGCAGUGCUUGGAUUCGCGUGUAGCAGAAAGUGCAGAAAAUCUAAAUGCAUCUCCUACCUCCUUGCAGGUGCAGACAAGUACGCAGUACAUACCUUCGAAGUUAUCCAUUUCGUUCCAGCCAACCGUUUGAGCAUCACCAAAGAUCCAAACUACGAAAAUGCUACACGACUUUCGUCAAUCACGCCCCCCAUUGAGGGAAGGGAUUUGGUUAAGGAGCAAAUCGGUAAGGCCUACAAGUUCAUCAAGGAUACAGCGCUUUAA